AUGGCUCGCUUCAUUCUUCUGUGCAUCGCUCUCACGUUUGCUGGCGCCUCCUCGGCAAGCCGCUACAACGAGCUGUACAACUGGGUCAGCGGAAAAGCUUCCCCAGGAUUCCCCCAACCCGACGACUCCGGACCCCUGGACGUGGACAUGCGUCUGACCAAACUGGACAUCGUUGGUGUGGACAGUGCCAACAACCUGGUCACUUUGAUCGCCAGAAGAAGGGUUCUGUGGGCUGACCGUGAUUUGGCCUUUGACGAGGCCACGUACAACGUGUCCUGUGUGUAUGCUGCGGCCACCAACAUCUGGACUCCUGACAGUACCUUCUACAACUCUGCUAGCCAGGAGCAGGUGUUGAACCGUGAGGUCAUCGUCUUUGCCGGAGGUGAGUUGCUGGAAAUUGCCAGAGUCCAGGUCAGCAUCAACUGUGACGUGAGUGGUGUGAACACCUACACUGGCGCCACCUGCCACCUCCAACUUGGCUCCUACGGUUUGGGAAAUGAGCUGGUGCGUCUGAGGGAGCCCAAGGACAACUGGACCUUUCAUCUGGAGUCGGCUUUCAACGGAGCCUCUCCCUACGAGCUUCUGUCUGGUGAUGUCAGCAGAUCUGUGGAGCCCUACGCUUCCGGUGACCCCGAGCAGCAUUACUAUGAUGCCCUGACCUUCACCUUCAGCUUCAGAAGGAAGUAGGGCGGUCAGUAAAUCUGAUGUGAGUUGAUCAGCUCCUGUCUGUUUGGAUUAUGGAAUUUGCUGCAACUGUCUCCCUUACUCAUCAAAUGAAAUGGGGACAGUACCUGCAUUUGUUGGUUUCAGUAUAGUUCAUAAUAUUUCAAGUUUUGGUAACAUUUUCGAAAACUGAAUCCCAUUUUUUCUGCUUGGAUCUUUUGAAAUAAACAAGAACAAUUUU